UUUAGCUCAAGGGUACGUCCACGGUGGGCCCCACACAAUUAGUGGCCGUAGCUCGCGCACUUGUGCCACGUCUGCAUGCGUGCGGCGAAUCUCCUCUUCAAUCUGCCUUCCCGCGAAUCUCCUUUGCCGUUUCCGGUCAACAAGAAGCCAGAGGGAUUCUCCUUUUCUGUGGCUGGAAUUAACGGCCAAAGCUCCUCUCCAUGUUCUUCCUGUCUUCCAACAACUCCACACUCUCUCCAUGGCCAGCACAGGCACGUUCACCCCGCACGUGGCCGGUUCGUCCCUCGACCUCUCCCGGACCGGGGCCGCGGUCCAGAUGAACCGGCCAGUUGCUCCUUUUUACUGGAAAAUCCCUAGGAAAAGCAGCGGUGCUUUGGCGUGUAGUGAUCGGAGUUCCGCUUCCCUCGCCGAAGCCCCUUCUUGCAUAUUUGUCGGCCCCAUCGAGACGGCGGAGAAGGAGCUUCUUGAAGCCCUCUAUCGUCAGGCACGUGAUGCAUACUACAGUGGAAAACCUUUGAUUGUCGACGACAUGUUUGAUAAAGUAGAGUUAAAGCUGCGUUGGUAUGGUUCAAAGUCUGUUGUCAAGUACCCUCGUUGCAGUCUUAGGCGGCAAUCCACCUAUGCAGAUGCUGAGGAAGAUCAAUCACAGGUUUUGGCAUUAGCGAGUGUAUGGAUCUUCUUACUCGUGUUCGGAAGUUUGGCUUUGCUUGUGCCAACCAUGUACACCCUUGUUCUGGCUUAUCGAGAUGCAGUCAACCCAAGAUUCCCCUCAAAUAGCGCUAAAUCUGCCUUAGAAUUUCUUUCAACGGUGAAUGGCAUUCUUUUCGUGGGAUUGGGAUCUGUGAUUGGUUAUCCUAUUGCAUCUGCUUCAGUCCGUGCACUUCAAGGCCUGUGGAAGAAUGACUUGGUGGCAUUAAAAGGAUCAUGCCCGAAUUGUGGGGAGGAGGUCUUUGCGUUUGUUCGGGCAGAACAAACCAGUCAAUCUCCUCAUAGAUCAGAUUGCCAUGUGUGUGAGUGCACCCUGGAAUUUCGUACUAAGGUGGAGCAAUCCAUUUGGAGACCCACCAGACGUUGGGUUUAUGGCCGUAUUUAUCUGGUUCCAGGGACUGCCACAAAGCGUCGAAGACGGACAUAGAUCAAACGGCCACUGAAGCUAGGUACGUGAUUUCUAAGCCACUGUACGGUUGCAUUCUUUUUCUUGAAUCCUAGUGGUCUGUAAUUUCAAAAGAAAACAGCUUGUAACCAGUUGCGUGUUACCCGGAAAAUGGCGACAUGUCAAAAUUUAUACUUUAAAUUAUAUAGCAGAGAGGAGUCGGGUUAGUCA